UUUAAUCUGUCUCCUCACCUCAUAUUCCCCCUUUCGUUGAUAUUCUAGUCGCUUGAAGAUCUACGAUAUACCACUCACUUCAUUAUGACUAUGAAAUUGUUAAUGGGCCUGGCUAUGGCCGGCCUCAUCUCAGCGAACUCCAGCGUCACCUCUAUGUUUCUCCUCGGAUUAGACCCAUCAUCCCUCGAGGCUUCUAUUGUUGGUAAUGACGCUACCGCGACAACCUAUAGCAUCACCUGUGCCCCGAGCCCGACCACGACUGCGAGCAACGAUGAGGAUGAGUAUGACUGUGGUUUGGGACCCGGUCUCACGCUCACCGACAUGUCCCCAACAACCAUUUGGGAGUUGAACGAAAAGCCAAACUUCUCCUAUACCGUUAAUUGCUCCUUGGCCGGAACAACCUCUGCCGUCUGCACAGCAAUCGCAGCCGGGCCUGAUGCCAACUUUCCCGGUACCACAAUUGGAACUGUUCAGCAAAGCGAAAUGGUCUACGUGCCAGUGACCAUCACCGCCGGGUCGACUACUAGUGCCGCUGCGUCUGCUUCGGCUACCACCACGUCCGAGUCGGGCAGUAAGGGUGCUGCUUCAACAACUCACACCUCGAAGUCAUCUGCUUCCUCUUCGGGCUCCAGCUCCAGCUCCUCCGCUGUCAGCACUGGUGGUAUGCCUCAGAUUACGGGUGAUGGUGGUAUGCUGUUCGGAGGUGCUGUCAUAGCAUUGGCUGCUGCUGUUUUGUAAAGACAGAAAGUAAUCUUCUAUUCGAUCCUCGGAUCUAACGGUUAGCCUCAUCGUUCAAGCCUCCUACUAUGUCCGGGGGUUAUGUGCUUUGGCACAUUAAUGUCUCGGAGGCCUGCCAUGGAUUGUUAUAUGAUUGUUAUAUAGGCUUUUCAUUCGGUGUACUUACUUCGCCUGUAUUAUAUAGCUGCUUUGUGUAUGUAUUUAUGGCUAAUGUUUAACCCAACCUGUACUCUAGGACUUAUAUAGAUGAUGAUAUACAGAAUUUACCGAUCCCAACCAGCCUAGUAUGCCGCACCAAUGGACACUUUGCCAAUAGAAGGGACUGAAAAGGAGAGUUAAGGGAGUUGUCAAUUUACUAUUCAGCUGUUAUCUAUGUCCGUCUAUCGGGAUUUCUCAUUUGGAGGCAUUUAUGAAUAUUGCUAUUACUAUCUUGCUUGGUAUCAGAUUCUAUAAAUAACGUGUCUGUCUUUCAUUCAAUCAGUAUGAAGUAUCCACAUGGACUCCUGCUCCAAUCCGCUGAUACUACAAACGUGGUUGAUUGGAGAAAUAAUAUGGCGACUUUGAGCU